CCGAGAGCCAGCGAGCUGUGGCGGCGGCCGCGGCCUCCCCUGUGCGCUGCGACCCGGGCGCCCCGGCCCGCGGCCCCGCUGACCCCGGGGCCCGCGCCCGCCGCGGCAGGGAUGCAUCAUGGCCACGCUGGCUUGCCGGGUGCAAUUCUUGGACGACACGGACCCUUUCAACAGCACCAACUUCCCCGAACCCAGCCGGCCGCCGCUGUUCACGUUCCGGGAGGACCUCGCGCUCGGCACCCAGCUGGCCGGGGUCCACCGGCUGCUGCGGGCGCCGCACAAGCUUGAUGACUGCACACUGCAGCUCUCCCACAAUGGCACCUACCUGGAUCUGGAAGCCACCCUGGCAGAGCAACGGGACGAGUUAGAAGGCUUCCAGGAUGACGCUGGGAGGGGCAAGAAGCACAGCAUCAUCCUGAGGACACAGCUGUCCGUGAGGGUCCACGCCUGCAUCGAAAAACUAUAUAACUCCAAUGGACGAGAUUUAAGAAGGGCGCUUUUCUCCUUGAAGCAGAUAUUUCAGGAUGACAAGGAUUUGGUGCAUGAAUUUGUAAUGGCGGAAGGUCUGACAUGUUUGAUUAAAGUGGGAGCAGAGGCCGAUCAGAACUAUCAGAACUACAUCCUCAGGGCUUUGGGCCAGAUCAUGUUGUACGUGGAUGGGAUGAAUGGAGUGAUCCACCACAAUGAAACCAUUCAGUGGCUGUACACGCUCAUUGGGUCAAAGUUCCGCCUGGUGGUGAAGACAGCCCUGAAGCUGCUGCUCGUCUUUGUGGAGUACUCGGAGGCAAACGCACCUCUUUUAAUUCAGGCUGUCUCUGAGGUUGACGCAAAAAGAGGAGUCAAACCCUGGACAAAUAUAAUGGAAAUCCUGGAGGAAAAAGAUGGGGUCGACACAGAGCUCCUGGUUUACACGAUGACUUUAGUGAACAAGACACUGUCAGGAUUACCAGACCAGGACAGCUUCUAUGAUGUGGUGGACUGCCUGGAGGAGCUGGGCAUCGCGGCUGUGUCACAGACGCACUUGAACAAGAAAGGGACUGACCUGGACUUAGUGGAACAAUUUAACAUUUAUGAGGUGGCACUCAGGCACGAGGAUGGCGACGAGACGGCCGAGCCUCCCGCCAGCGGGCGCCGGGACCGGCGGAGGGCCAGCGUGUGCGGCGGCGAGCCCCGGGGCCUGGACCGCAGGAGGAGCCGCCGGCACUCGGUGCAGAGCGUGCAGAGCGCCCUGUCGGCUCCCACCAGCCCCUGCUCCCAGCCGGAUUCCGGCCUCACGCCCAGUCCGGUGCGCGACCUCGGCGAAAAGGAGGAGGAGGAGGAGGAAGAGCAGCCAGUCACGGAGCCCAAUUCGGAGGAAGAAAGCGAGGACGAUGCCUGCAGUCAGGGCGAGGACAGUGAGGCCAGCCCAGCCGCAGAGCAGAACCCCGCUGGAAAGGACGCUGCUCCCACGAAUUCAGUUCUCCCAGCUGAUGCAAGUGCAGCCUUGCAGGGGAAACGGUUUCCGGCCAACACCGCAGGAGGGGACCCCUCAGGCAGCAGGUCCCCCGGGCCUGAGUCCACGGUCCAGACUGUACGGCCGGCCCUGCUGUCACCCCUUGCCCCUGCUGCGGUCUCUCGGCCCUCCUCCACUGCAGCUGGCACCCGGAAGGCAUCACCGACCCUAGAAAAGCUGCCCUACGUGCCCCACAGCCCCUUCCACCUCUUCUCCUAUGACUUUGAGGAGUCUCCCUUAUCCACCAAAGAAAACGAAGCAGAGUCCCAGAAGGAAAACAGUUCCUCAGAUUCUGUCCAUUUGAACACAUAUUCUGCCUCUGAACCUUACAACUUCCGGUCUUUCUCGUCUAAUAGAUACAGCAACUUUGGCAGCAGUUCUUACCACUCAAGACCUGCAGCUGGAACCGGUGGGCCCACCACCCCCGUGGUGUCUCCCUCACCCCCACAGGAUGCCAGGCUGGAAAGGUCGUCAGCGAGCAGUCUUCUGACAUCAUCCUUUAGGCAGCACCAAGAGUCAUUGGCAGCAGAGAGAGAGCGGCGGCGGCAGGAGAGAGAAGAAAGGUUGCAGAGAAUAGAGCGGGAAGAAAGAAACAAAUUCAACCGAGAAUACUUAGACAAAAGAGAAGAACAAAGACAAGCAAGAGAAGAAAGAUACAAGUACUUGGAGCAGUUGGCAGCGGAGGCGCAUGAGAAGGAGCUGAGAAGCCGGAGUGCGAGCCGGGGCAGAGCUGACCUCUCCUUGGACCUGACCUCGCCGGCGGCCCCUGUCUCCCCCGCCCCGCUGAGCCGCAGCCCUUCAUCUCUAGACUCACAGGAGGCUCUCCCGGUGUCCUCCUCCUCCCCUGGAACACCUCAGCAUCCCCAAGCAAGUGUCCAGGAGCCUGAGCUUGAACCAGAGGCAGAACCGGACCUGGAGGCAGAGGUGGGGCAGGUUGCCGAUGAGGCCAGCCGGGAGAUAGCCCCUGCCCAGGUGGGAGCGGAGAGCGAGGCAGAGCGGGCACCGGAACAAGAGCCGGAAGAGAGAGCCUCCCUCAGCGAGAAAGAGAGGCAGAACGAGGAGGUGAACGAGAGGGACACCUGCUCCGCCUCCAGCAUCUCGUCUUCCAGCAGCACGUUGGAGAGGGAGGAGAAGGAGGACAAGCUCUCCAGGGACAGGGGAACUGGUUCCUGGUCCACGGGCAGUCAGGAUGUCGGUGUAAGCGAGCAGUGUGGUGACAUCCUCACCAACAAACGGUUCAUGCUGGACAUGCUGUAUGCCCAUAACAGGAAGCCCACGGAUGAUGAGGAGAAGGAGGCGGGUGAGCCGGGCGGGACUGAGGAGGGGGCCGAGGCGGUAGCCAGCCUCGCCAGCAGGAUCUCCACUCUGCAAGCCAGCUCCCAGGCCCAGGAGGAGAGCAUCAGGAGGGUGGAGGUUGGCUGUCUGGACAGCCGGGGCAGUGUGAAAGCCUUUGCCGAGAAGUUCAACAGUGGAGACCUUGGGAGAAGUCCUGGCUCCCCAGACACCGAGCCCAAUGACAAGGCCCUGGAGAAAGCCCCAGCGCAGCCCAAGACGGAGUCUGACUACAUCUGGGACCAGCUCAUGGCCAAUCCAAGGGAGCUCAGGAUCCAAGACAUGGAUUUCACCGACCUGGGGGAGGAGGACGACAUUGAUGUGCUGGACGUGGACCUGGGUCCCAGGGAGGCCCCUGGCCCGCCUCCCCCGCCCCCACCCACCUUCCUGGGUUUGCCGCCCCCGCCCCCUCCACCGCUGUUGGACAGCGUGCCUCCCCCUCCUGUCCCCGGUAAUUUAUUGGCUCCUCCUCCAGUGUUCAGUGCUCCUCGGGGCUUAGGGUGGCCCCAGGUACCCAAGGGGCAGCCGGCAUUCACCAAGAAAAAGAAGACCAUCCGUCUGUUCUGGAAUGAAGUUCGGCCUUUUGAGUGGCCAUGUAAAAAUAACCAACGCUGCAGAGAAUUCCUGUGGUCAAAACUGGAACCCAUUAAAGUGGACACUUCCAGACUGGAGCACCUGUUUGAGUCUAAAUCCAAGGAACUGUCUGUCACAAAGAAAACUGCUGCAGAUGGGAAAAGGCAGGAGGUCAUUGUGCUCGACUCCAAGAGGAGCAAUGCAAUCAAUAUCGGCCUGACGGUGCUGCCCCCUCCGAGAACCAUUAAGACAGCCAUUUUGAAUUUUGACGAAUAUGCCUUAAACAAAGAAGGAAUCGAGAAAAUUCUAACCAUGAUUCCCACUGAAGAGGAGAAGCAGAAAAUCCAGGAAGCUCAGCUGGCCAACCCUGAGGUGCCCCUGGGCAGCGCAGAGCAGUUCCUACUCACGCUGUCCUCCGUCAGCGAGCUCUCUGCUCGGCUGCACCUCUGGGCGUUCAAAAUGGAUUAUGAAACUACAGAAAAGGAAGUAGCAGAACCACUUUUGGACCUGAAGGAAGGAAUAGACCAAUUGGAGAACAAUAAAACCUUGGGCUUUAUCCUGUCUACUCUGUUAGCCAUUGGGAACUUUCUAAAUGGAACUAAUGCCAAAGCGUUUGAGUUAAGCUACCUCGAGAAGGUUCCAGAAGUCAAAGACACAGUGCACAAGCAGUCGCUUCUCCACCACGUUUGCACCAUGGUAGUGGAAAACUUCCCAGACAGCUCCGACCUGUACUCGGAGAUCGGGGCCAUCACCAGGUCAGCCAAGGUUGACUUUGAUCAACUUCAGGAUAAUUUAUGUCAGAUGGAGAGAAGAUGCAAAGCUUCAUGGGAUCACCUCAAGGCAAUUGCAAAACAUGAAAUGAAACCAGUUUUAAAACAACGAAUGUCAGAGUUCCUAAAAGACUGUGCCGAGCGAAUUAUAAUUUUAAAGAUUGUCCAUAGACGAAUAAUUAACAGAUUCCACUCCUUCCUGCUCUUCAUGGGCCACCCGCCUUACGCGAUUCGGGAGGUGAACAUAAACAAGUUCUGCAGGAUCAUUAGUGAGUUUGCGCUGGAGUAUCGCACCACCAGGGAAAGGGUUUUGCAGCAGAAACAGAAACGGGCCAACCACAGGGAGAGGAACAAGACCCGAGGCAAGAUGAUCACCGAUUCUGGCAAGUUCUUGGGCAGUUCUCCGGCACCACCAAGCCAGCCACAGGGUCUUAGCUAUGCUGAGGAUGCAGCCGAGCAUGAGAACAUGAAGGCUGUGCUGAAAACCUCAUCCCCUGCCACGGAGGACGUCACCCCCACGCUGGGGAUCCGCACGCGCAGCCGUGCAAGCCGAGGAUCCACUAGUUCAUGGACCGUGGGAACCGACGAUUCGCCUAACGUCACAGAUGAUGCGGCUGAUGAGAUCAUGGAUCGCAUUGUCAAGUCAGCCACCCAAGUGCCCAGUCAGCGCGUGGUGCCCCGGGAGAGGAAGCGCUCCCGGGCCAACAGGAAAUCUCUGCGAAGGACCCUGAAGAGUGGCCUGACUCCAGAAGAAGCCAGAGCCCUGGGCCUGGUGGGCACCUCAGAGUUGCAGCUGUGACAGCUGUGUGCUGCCCCAGGAAGUGUGCCCCAGGAGGGUACAAGCUCUGGCUGGACAGAACCCCUCCAGUGGGGACAGGGGAGACUCUACAUGACAUCGUGCAGUUCUGAAAAGGAGUGCUCGUUUUGUGUGUCACCACAUGGCUUGUUUUGCCCGAUGUACAUUGAUGUGGAUCAUUGGGAGUCUCCGUCACAUGAGCUCUUCAUCGUGUCAGCUGUGUGUCUCUUGUUUCAUUGAGACCUGGCUUAGUAAUUCCAAAAUAUGAUGCCUUUUCUGUACAAGGAACAUCCCUUUUAAGGAGAAAAUCACUUCUGUCACAGUUGUUAUGAUACUAUAAAGCAAUUUGAUUCAAUUCACAGACUGGGUCUCCACAAUACCAAAAUAUCCAGAUGUAAACUCCAAAAUUGUACACAGAAGAAAGCACAGAUUGUUUACCAGUUGUGGAUCUUAGAUGUACUAAAUGUUUAUACAAGUUCAUAAAUGUACACGUUUCAAAUACUAAAUAAAUAGAGUUUAAUGCCAUAACCAGAAACUUUUAUUCUCCUGGGUGCAGGACCUUAACUACAUGGGCUGUUCUUCUUAUGAAUCAGCAAAACCCCUUGACUAGUUCAAAAGAAGGUCCUUGCUUAGAAUGGCCUUCAGGUCCCGAGGACU